GAGAUUUAGAGAGAGAGAGAUAUCAAGAGAGAGAGAGAGAUGUAGAGAUAGAGAGAGAGAGAGAUCACGAAAUAUCUGUGACCACCCUUUAAUAUUAUCAUGCUGAUUCCCACCCUUUUCCCGAGAAAAUUCCUCCCUGUAUGUGUGUAUAUAUAUACCCACAUUACAUUAACAGUAGUAAUACAUCUAACAUUGUGUAAUUUGCUUUGUAUCUCUCUCUAUUGAAUUCUUCUUUCUCUGCUUUUGGGUUUUUUGUGUAUUCUGUUUGUGAUGGAUCAUUUGGAUGAGCCUCAUGUACUGGCGGUUGAUGACAAUCUCAUUGAUCGCAAACUUGUUGAAAAGUUACUCAAGAACUCCUCCUGCAAGGUGACUACAGCAGAAAACGGGUUGAAAGCGUUGGAGUAUUUGGGCUUGGGAGAUGAUCAAAAGCACCCUUUGAAUGGUAGUGAUUCGAAGGUAAAUUUGAUAAUUACAGAUUAUUGUAUGCCGGGAAUGACAGGCUAUGAGCUACUUAAGAAAAUCAAGGAGUCCUCCAUCAUGAAGGAGGUUCCAGUUGUGAUAAUGUCAUCCGAGAACAUCCCAACUCGAAUCAACCGGUGCUUAGAAGAAGGAGCUCAGAUGUUCAUGCUAAAGCCCAUCAAACAAUCAGAUGUAAAGGAAUUGAGAUGCCGAUUAACGAAAUACGGCAGCUCAAAACAUUCUUGAGAAAAUUAGAGAAAGCAUUCACUACAAGUACCUAGAGAAGCCACAAACUAAUUUAUUCAUUGAAGACCUCCCACAAACUUAUUAGACGAAUUCGCUUCAGCUGGUAACUAAAUAUGUCUUCUAAUGUUACUCUCUGACCCCACACAAAUCCACACAAAUGUAUGAGAUGAUGAGUAGCUAGGUUCAAUGAAUAAUUUUUUUCUUUGAAAUUUUCAUUUAUCCUCUGUUUGGUGUCUGAGAAAAGAAUGACUUGAGAGUGGCAAAUGCAGCAAUAGUUGUUACUCUGGUUCCUCCUUGACUAAACUUCAAGUCCAAACCUUAUGUAUAAAGCAUGGUACCACCUAGUUGAUGUCUACCAUGUGUUUAAUUGCUUAGUUGAUUAAAAAAAUUUCAUUUUCCAUUUC